GGGAAAAGAAAAUACAAAAAAUUUAAUUAAAAUACAAAAAUAAGAAAAUAAAAAAAAUCUCAAAAUGCCAGGAAUUUCAAUUGUUGCAGCAAUCAAUGCUCAGGAACGUCAAGAAUCUGUUGAAAAACUACGUCGGAAAAUAUUGAGGGAUGCUUCAGAUCCUCUUUCAUAUCCCAGUGCAGUAUUUGUUAGCUAUUACCGCCUCAGCAAGGAGGCUUUUAUUAUGGUUUUGGAAAAAUUGAGCCCACAUCUCCAAAGUUCAACAAUUCCUGUAAUUAUACAGUUGUCCACAACACUUAGGUUUCUAGCUACAGGUGCAUUUCAAGGCGUUAUAGCUAAAGAUGUGGAUAUCAGUUUAGGUAGGAGCACAGUUUCAACAAUAAUGUGGAGAGUAAUAAAUGCAACUGAGAACAUAAUAUGCCCACAAUGGAUAAAGCUUCAAAUGUCAGCAGAUGAAAUACAAAAUUCAAAAGCUCAUUUUUUUAAUAAAUUUCAUGUACCAGGGGUAAUAGGAUGUAUUGAUGGUACGCACGUCAAAAUGAACAAGCCAUCAGAAGACGAAUCUUUAUUUUUAACAGAAAAGGAUCAUUUAGUGUUAAUGCUAUGA